UUGUUUGGAAAUCUGAGUGCAGCUGUCAGAUUUUACUGCAGCGAAUUCACCUGAAUCGUCAGCAUAAACAAAGUGAUGGAGCUGAAAUUUGAUGGACACACACAGCGGAAGCAGGGUUAAACCAGACGGAGAGAGAGAGAGAGAGAGAGAGGGAGAGGAGAAAAGCCAUCAUCUCUCCUGGAGAUCAAUAAGCGGGCCACAAAGAGAGCAGACGGACACAAUCCUUCCUUCCUCCCUCCCGCUCUGUCGCAUCCAUCCAUUCUCUUAUCCAUCCAUCUAUCCAUUCAUCCAUCCACCCAUUCAUCUCCAAGGGCGGUUCAAGGGGUGACGAGACCAGACGGACACAUGUUAUGCCGUGCGUAAAGCGUGACCCCUCCGUGUGUUUUUUACACGUUUUUUUUUUUCUUUUUUGCAUCUGUUUCGCACUUGGAGACACUGACAUGAGGAGCUGAAACCGACACCGACCCAACAAUGAAAAUGCUCCGGUUUCGCAGCCCCAGCAUACGCUCCUUGGACCAGGAGGUCCUCUGCACGAUCCGAUUACUGGACGACUCCGAGAUCUCCUGCACCAUCCAGAAAGAGACCAAAGGCCAGUUCCUGUUGGACCAUGUUUGUAAUCACUACAACCUGCUGGAGAAGGACUACUUUGGCAUACGAUACGUAGAUCCUGAGAAGCAAAGGCACUGGCUGGAGCCCAACAAGCCUGUGGUGAAGCAAAUGAAGUCAGCUCUGCACCCGUUCACAAUGUGCUUCCGGGUCAAGUUCUACCCCCACGAGCCAAUGAAAAUUAAGGAGGAGCUCACCAGGUAUCUCCUGUACCUCCAGCUGAAGAGAGACAUCUACCACGGCCGCCUCCUGUGUCCCUUUGCUGAGGCGGCGUACCUGGGAGCCUGCAUCGUACAGGCUGAGCUGGGAGAUUAUGACCCAGAGGAGCAUCCAUCAGACUACAUCAGAGACUUCAAGCUGUUCCCUAAACAGUCCCUCAAACUGGAGAGGAAGAUUAUGGAAAUACACAAAAAUGAGCUCAGGGGACAGUGUGCAGCCUUGGCGGAGUUAAAUAUGCUUCAACGAGCCCACAGCCUGGAAACGUAUGGAGUCGACCCCCAUCCAUGCAAGGACUUUACAGGCUCGACUGCCUUUCUGGGCUUCACGGCCACGGGGUUUGUGGUUUUCCAGGGAAACAAGAGGAUACACCUGCUCAAAUGGGGUGACGUGAGCAAGCUAAAGUUUGAAGGCAAAACCUUUUAUGUCAUCGGAGUCCAAAAAGAGAUUAACUGUACCGUUUGUAAUCCUGUCCACCAUCACACACAAUCUAUAUGUGUGUCGCUGUUUCAGAUCUCCUUAACAGGCAGGAUUCAAUGUAACAGGAUGUCUUCACUGAAAAAGCUGGUGUUGACAUUUCACACCACGACUCCUGCAGCGUGUAAGCACCUAUGGAAGUGUGGGGUGGAGAACCAGGCCUUUUACAAGUGUGCGAAGUCGAGUCAGAUAAAGACCGUCUCAAGCAGUAACAUCUUCUUCAAAGGCAGCAGGUUCAGAUACAGUGGAAAAGUAGCAAAGGAAGUGAUAGAGGCCAGCUCCAAGAUUCAGCGAGAUCCACCCGAGGUUCACAGAGCACAGUUUGGUCAGAGUCGAAGUUAUAACUCUCUGAGCCAUAAAAACCUGAUCAUGAACAUGGAGCCUCUGGUUCCCGCACUGCCAUCCACCAACGAAUACGAAGAGGCGGCAGCAGACCCCGCAGGCGUUGUUGCUGUGAAGGAUCCAGUUCCUCUGUCUCCUCUCGAACCCUCAGCAGCGGCGGACACAGAACAAUCAUGUGCAGAGAGGGGAAGCUCUUCUUUGAUCAAUGACCUGCAGCCUCACUGUGUCUCCAUGGAAACCCCAUACCUCCCACCCCUAACACCAAAAGCUGAAGACGGACUGGAGGAAGACGACGAGGGCGGCGGUGCACUCACCAUCUCUGAACUUGCAUACAGCCCCUGCGCCAGCAUGCUCCCCACCCCAGUGGAAGACAGUCAGGGAGGGGUCAACCAGCUCUUCUCCAGUCCUGUCCAGAGUCCCGCUAGACUGCUGAGAGAGCUCCAUGCUGACCCCGACAUCCAGGCCCAGUUGGAGGCCGAGAGGGAGCGGGACCGUGAAUUUGAACGCACUCGCCUGGCCGCCAGAAGCCGAAUGAGCGGAAUCCUGGCCAGCAGCCUGCGGCUGCUUUCGUCCAACGAGAGAGUCAACACCUGGGUGCUGGGGGUAGCCAGGUUCGUAGCCGUGCUCAUGGGGGUCCUGCUCAUCACUGUGCCCACACUGCUGCUGCUGCUGGAGUCGGACAUCGACGUCUCGUUCCUCCACGAGAUCCGACAGACGCCAGAGUUUGAGCAGUUCCACUACGAGUAUUACUGCCCGCUUCGACGCUGGAUUCUGUGCAAGAUCAGCAUGGCCAUGGAGAACCUGUGGUCUGACUAGGCAAGUCAAGACGGAGAAAGGGAGAGAAAUCAGUGAUGAGUCAAGGAAAAAGGAAAAAGCUGGGCCCAAAUGUCUGUCUAAACAUGUGAUUUAAUGUGAAAUGUCUUAAAAAGCGACGCCUCUUAAGGUAGACAAUUCAACCUGCCAAUGAGAUGAAGGAAAAUCGCUUGUUUGAAUUGAGUCAGUGCGUGCUAAACAUUUUGGAAACAAGUAUUGUUCUUUCUCAUUGGUAGAAUGACUUACCUCUUAGUAAACCUGAAACUAGGGAGGGAAAUCCUUCUUUAUUAUGAAGUUGAAUCACUUGAUAAGACUGACAUUUCUGGCAAGAACUACCUGAGAACAAAAAGGGAAGUCAUGGAGGGAAGGGAAACUGAGAAAUGUAUUAGUUUUAUUGUUUUUAUUUUCCUUUAGAUUUGAAGGCCUCUCCACUCCUGAUGCCGACGAGUUCAGGCAAAGCCUCUACAGUAGGCGUCACAAACUGUUCUGAUUGGUGUUCAUCCUUCGAACCAGAUCACCUGAUUGGCUAUCAAGUCUGUCAGUCAUGAUGGAGUGGGUGGGAAAUGAAAGAGUAAAAAAUGCAUACUUACCAGUAAACAAAAGCAACAAUCUGAGCAACAGAUUAAAAAAAAAAAAAAAAAAA